AUGUCUGGUGAAAGGGAAAAUGAGAGUGCACCAGAGGAGGCCAUGAACUUGUUAGGAGAGGACACAAUCCACCCAGAAGGAGUGAAUUUGUUAAAUACAGUCGAGAUUUCUACUCUAAGUGAUUCCUCCAUAAUUAAGGAAGAUUUAUCUGAUUUAAUGAAAAAGGGAUUGGAGGAAUUAAGGGAGAAGAGUGGAAAUCUUCAUAGGAUGAGUGAUGAGACUAGAGUGAAUGAUUUAAACAUAAUUGAUGGUAAAUUCAGGUGCGAUGUAUGUAAGAAAGAUACAUGGGACUAUAGAAUUAGAUGUGCAGAAUGUGUUGAGUAUGAUUUAUGUUUGGACUGCUUCUGUCAAGGAAAGUCAAGCAAUGACCAUAAACCUAAUCAUAAAUAUAUUCCUAUUGGAAGGUAUACAUUUAACUUAUUAACUGAAAACUGGACGGCAGAGGAGGAACUUUUAUUAAUGGAAGCUGUUUCUAGAUAUGGCCUAGGAAACUGGUCUGAGAUUUCCAAGUACAUAACAGAAGGCCCAACUGGAGCCUUAUCUUUAUACCAAAAGACUCAAAAACCAGGAUUUGCUGCUCAUACAGCAGAUGAAUGUGAGAAACAUUAUAAUAACUUCUACCUAAAUAGCAAAACUAAGCCUUUACCAGAUACCAGAAAUUAUCUAAAUCUAAUACAAAAAACCCAGGAAAUCACAAAUUCAGAGCUUAUUGAGUCCAUUAAACAGGAUCUUGAUCUUCUCAAUAAAUCUGGUGAAAAAAAGGAUUCGGAGCCUCAAAUCUCUGAAAGUUCCUCUGGAACUUCUAAUUCUGUAUCUACAGAAAGCCAUUCUAAGACAAAACAAGAGUUAAGUAAUCCUCAAGUCAAGAAACAGCCCUUUGGAAGACCUUCCGGAGGUAAUACUGGUAAUAAAACAACAAGUACAGGUACAGGAAAUCAAUCUAAGCCUAGUACUAGUGUAAUAGGCUAUAUGCCUUUAAGAGGGGACUUUGAUGUAGAAUAUGAUAAUGAUGCUGAGCUUUUGCUUGCUGAUAUGGAAUUUAGGGAUUCUGAUACUCCUCAAGAAAAGGAACUCAAGCUUCAAAUACUUGAGAUUUAUAAUUCAAAACUAGACGAAAGAACUUACAGAAAAAGGUUUGUUAUUGAACGUAAUCUUUUGGAUAUUAAACUACAGCAACAAAAGGAGAAAAAGAGAACUAAAGAUGAAAGGGAUUUACAUUCUUUUUUGAAGCCUAUUUCAAGAUUUCAAACUGAGGAAGAGCAAGAGAAGCUUGUUUCUUUACUUAUAGAGGAGAAACGUAUUAGAAGUCAUCUACAGAAAGUCCAAGAGUGGUGUAGUCUUGGAAUCAGAACUUUGGAAGAAGUUAAGAGGUAUGAAGAGGAAAAGAAGAGACGAGAAGAUGCCAAAUGUAAGAUUAUCAAUCAGACUCAAGGAGGAGCUCUUGUUGCUCCCGGUGGACUUGGCCUUGGCAAUCUAAAGACUAUGCCUAAAUCUGGUAUUUCCACUCCUUUUGUCUAUGAGGGUCAAGCAAGGGCCAUUAAAAAACAGCAAAAGAAUCAGAUUUCUGCUUCUAAUCAGAAUCUUAUUUCUAAUCCCAAUCCUAAUUCUAACUCUUCCACAUCAUCCUCAAUUCCUAAUCCUCCUUCCAUCCCCCUCCAAAACCCCAAUUCAAUUCCUAAUCAUACUUCAUCUCCAUCUACAUCUGCAAUACCUAUUGAAAGUUACCCAGGUGCAUCUCUACUUACAGACCAGGAGAAGCUCUUUUGUGAUCAAAUACAACUACCUCCUAUUUUCUAUAUUCUCUCUAAAAGGAUUCUUGUUCAAGAAGCAAAGUACCAUCUAAGUCUUAAUAGUAAAACUAGAAAGGGAUCUGUAAAUAACCAAAGUAAUACUGGUAAUAUACAGAACAUCUCAGCUGGUGGAAUCCCUCAUUUAAGUAGGGACGAGUUCUCGAGAGUAAUCAGGUUAGACGCACAGAGAGCUGGCCAGCUCUAUGACUUUUGUCUAUCUUUUGUUGAUAAAUAA